AUGGCCACCGUAAGAGCGGUAAACUUGCGUCGCUCCGUUUGCGCACAAUGCGUUCGGAAUCAGACACAGCGGAGGAGCUACAUGCCAACGCCAGGAUUGAACUACGCAGAAGAAUCCAGAUUGCCGAGGGUCGCAAAUCCAUCUUUCUGGUCUUCGCUGAUACCGCGCGUUCUACGCCGCCCUACAGAUGCGGGAGAGGCUGCUCAGCGUGCCAAGAAACGAGCAGCGGGCGCAGAGGAGCGUCGUAUUGGAAUCACUUUUCUACUACUGGGCAUCCUCGUGGGGUCCAAUGCCAUCAACCUCAUCUCUCUUCGCCGAGAGAUGCUCAACUUCACGCGACUUACCGAUGCGAAACUCGCAACAUUGCGUGAAGUUGUAAAGAGGGUGAAGGACGGGGAGGAUGUUGAUGUAAAAAAGGCGCUCGGGACUGGAGACCCACAGCAGGAGAAGGAGUGGGAACAGGUCAUACAAGAGCUUGAAGAGACGGACAUGCUGAUAGAAGGGCGCAAAAAGCGUGAAGCUCAGAGGGCAGAGAGAGCUGCACAACGGCAGCAGGAAGACGAGGCCAGGUCCCAAUCUAGGCGGUCGAAAUCGGAAACAAGCACGAGUGGAUCCACUGGAGCUGGCGACGCAUCCCGACCAAAGUUCCUGAUGUGA